AUGUGCAGCAAUAACAAAAAAUAUCACGUUGCUAUCGUUGGUGCUGGUGUAAUGGGUUUAACAGCAGCAUGUACUCUGUUGAAAACAUAUCAGGCUUCAGCAAUAGACAUAACAAUAAUAAGCGAAGCGUUUACACCAAACACAACCGCUGAUGUAUCAGCUGGAUGUUGGCAGCCGUACGGCUUAAAAUCUAUGAAUGAUUUAAUAUUAAAAUGGGCUUCGUAUACCUACAAUAUUUAUAUGGCCGAAGCUUUUUCAAACAAAGCGGCCAAAGGCGGAAUUAUGAAAGUACCUGCGUAUUUAUUGCACGGUUAUAAAGGAAAGUUUGUUGCCGAAGAAGGUGCAGAUGGUGAAUUAAUUGAAAAACCAUUGUAUGGAUCACUUGUUCCACACUUUCGCAAGUUGGAUCAACAAGAACUUAAUGGAUUCAAACACCUAGAACCAGUUUCUGGUUAUGUAAUGACUACAAUUGUUGUUGAAGUUAGAAAGUAUUUAAAAUGUUUAACUCGAUAUUUAAAUGAAAAUGUUGCAUUUGUUCAGCGUCGCAUAGAAUCGUUAUCAGAGCUGUUAAACGGCGAGUACGAUAUUGUCAUUAACUGUACCGGCGUGCAAGCAAAAUAUGUGGUACCAGAUGAUAAAGUUAAACCUGCAAGAGGUCAAGUUAUUCGUGUUAAUGCACCAUGGAUUAAAUGUACUUAUGAGUUUCAGACUGGCGAUGGUUUCGGUUAUAUUAUACCUCAAACAGAUCAUGUCGUACUUGGAGGUACAUUUGGUAUGGACGACUGGAAUCAAAACGAAGAUAAAGAUGAUACAAAAAUGAUAAUGAAAAAAUGUACAACAUUAUUUCCAUCGUUGAAAAAUGUGCAAGUUAUAAGCGUGGAUAUUGGCCUGAGACCCCUUCGUGAUACAAUUCGAUUAGAAUAUGAGUUAAUAAAAUCCAGAAACACUGAAAAUGAUGUACAUGUUAUACAUAAUUAUGGACAUGGUGGAUCAGGUGUUACAUUAUGUUGGGGAUGUUCAAAAGAUGUAGUUGAUUUGGUUAGAAAAAUUAUUCCUGCACAGAACGAAAGAAAAGCAGAGACAUCGACCAACGCUGUUGAACAACAUGAAGAAUUGUGGAAUAUAAUUGAUGAUAAUGAAUUGAUAACCUAA